AUAUGCCAGAUUCACUCCUUUUUAUUUUUUUCUUGGAUUUUGAUGGAAUGUGGAAAAUAUCAUAAAGGAUUUCUUUCCUUUUUGUUUUUCAUUUUCUAUUUUCUUGAAUUCUUAAAAUUUAUGUACUAUAUUACACUAUGUAUUUUUACUAAAUUAUUAAUUUUGACGAAAUUUUCACCAAAACAAAAUUAUAUCUCUAGUUUUUAUUGUUAAUUUAUUUGUUUGUUUAUAUAUAUCUUAUUAUCUCUGUUUUCUAAUGUUAUUUGAUAUGUUUCGAUUAUAUAUUUAUCUGUGGUUGUGGUUUUUAUCUAAUUUCUUGUUAUUUUUUUUAGAAUUGAGCUCAGUGAACAAACAAACAAAAAAAGAAUUUGUGAGGUUCACUCUUUUAUUUUGUUAAGGCAGAUUUGAUGUAUAGUUAAAAUAUCGUCAAUUAAUUUUUCUUCUUUUGUUCUUACAAAUUGAUGUACUUUGAAUUAUAUUAUUAUUUACUUUCAGAAAUAUUAUUAUUUUGGUCGACUUAAUAUUAUUUUGUUAAUAGAUUUGGUUAAACAAUAAAUUAAUUAAUAAUUCUAAAAAUUAUUUUUAGGUGUCAAUUUUUUAGAUAACUUCUUUAAUGAUGUGGAAGCAUGAGAAGAGAUCAUGGUAUAAUUUUGUUUAUAUAGAGGAUUACUUUGAUAAUAGGAAUUAAAUUGAAUUAAGAGAAUUUAAUUGAAUUAAAAAGAAUUAAAUUGAAUUAUAAUAAGUUACAAGGAUAAAAAUUAAAUUAUACAACUCAAACAUAUCUAAUCUCAUAUACUUAAUAAGAAAAUAAUAUCAAAAUAUUUCUUUAAUUUAAAAAUUAAAAUUUAUUUAUUUAGAUAAUAAUGUAACAUAAAUAAAUUCAAACAAACAUUCAAAUAAUUUACUGAUGUGUAAUUACAUAGCUAUACUGCCAUCAUACCAAAUAUAAUUCAUCCUAUAUAAUAAGAACCAAGCACACCACUAAAAUCAAAUAUAUAAACAAACAAACAAGCAAAAUAUUUACAUAAACAACACGAAACUGAACGUAGAAGCUUGAAUAUAAAAAGUCCAGCAAAGAAAAAACAACACGAAAUUGCUGUAUAAGGAAAAUGAAAACCCCAAGAUCUUCAUACGUUUGUGAAACGUCUCUCGUGAUGGUGUUAACCAUAUUCUUGCUCUUCAUUUUAGGACAAGCAAGUGCAGUGGGUGUUCUCAACAACAUGAUAUGUUUUAAUGGAGUACCGUACGCGUGUCCUGACAAGUGCGAUAUAAAGUGUAAAGAGAAUGGUUUUAAUGGAGGGAUAUGUGUAACUGGAAGUCUCAAAGUUGCGCAAUGUUGUUGCGAUAAAAGGCUUACGCCAUCGAUAUUGUCUUAUAUGGUUAAGCCUCCCCCAUCGAUAUUGUCUUAUCCCGUUAAACCUCCUCCAUCGAUAUUGUCUUAUCCUGUUAAGCCUCCCCCAUCAAUAUUGUCUUAUCCUGUUAAACCUCCCCCCAUCAUGAUUAAUAUUGAAUCAUAAAUGUCUGAGAAAAUAAUAAAAAUUUAUUAUAAUAAUACGUAUGAUUGAAUA